CAUGUGUUUGUAUUGGGCUCUCUGUGUGGAGCCCUUUGGUGCGAGAGCAACUCCGAGAGGAUACGUGCACGGAGCGCGAUAGCUCCCCAAAGGACGAAACGUAACUGCGAAAGAGCGAAGCGAAACUCCACAAAAACAGCAAAUAAACGGGAACAACGUGGGCGUGUGUAAAUGCAGCACCAGUGCAGCGCGCUGCUUGCCGUCUUUCACGCAGCAGUAGGCUUUGGAACGGUGCAAUGGCCGUGCCAACCCGUGUGCUGCCCCAAAGGUACCGACAGUGGAAAGUGCAGUUUCCAGUGCACCGGUAAGAAAAUCCGGUCGUUCCCAUCCCGGAGGUCCAAGUGUCCUGCCAUUUGCUCUGUGUGGUGCUGCUGUCUGUUGGUGAGCACCGCGACCCACUAGGGUAGCGCAAAGCCACUCGAAAGGAACGCGGAAAAGGAUGUCAAGUGUUUUGGCUGCGACGACAGAGGCCCAUUUCGUCGUGUCCCGGCCGCCUGCUGUGACGUGUGUGUGUGUUGGUGUGUCGCUCGCCGUCGCUCCGGUGUGAUUUACUUCUGCUCUUUCGGGCGGGAUUGGGGGAUUGGUGCGUAGAGUGGUUUUGUGUGCUGCAGAGUUGCACCAGUGACAACCACCAGUGAACAAGUAAUGCAGCGGGUGCAGUGUGCCUGUGAUUAGAUAAUAAAAACUGUUUCCCCUGGUGCAAUCAGGUGCAACCACACCCGGAAGUGUAUCGAAAUGUGAGCUUUUUUUUGUCGCAGCUACCAGCACGAAAAUGUUUCCCGGGAGCUGCCGGGACGCGGACCAGCUGGAACAUCAUUCGCCGUUCUCCAGCAGCAACUCCAACCACUCCGAAAGCUCACCGAUUGCAUCCUCGACUACGACGCUCCUGGCCGGCACUGCAAGCCCGGCGCAGCUGGUGUCACAGACCAUCAGUACGGCAGGUGGCAGCAGCAGCAGCAGCAGCAGUAACAUCAAUGUAGGCGAGGUUUCCUCGACGUGCAGUGUCGGAUCGCCGUACGAUACGGUUUCGUCCUCGCCGGGAUACAUCAACACCGAGUCGUCCGUGUCUAGUUUGGACGAUCUGAAAUCAUCGGAAGACCCACCGUGCAGCGACGCCAGCUCAACGACGACCGCGAAAACGUUCGUCGCCUGCAAGGUGUGCGGUGACAAAGCGUCCGGCUACCAUUACGGCGUUACGUCGUGCGAGGGCUGCAAGGGAUUCUUCCGGCGCAGCAUACAGAAGCAGAUCGAGUAUCGGUGCCUACGGGAUGGCAAGUGUUUGGUGAUACGGCUGAACCGCAACCGGUGCCAGUACUGCCGCUUCAAGAAGUGUCUCUCCGUUGGCAUGAGCCGUGACUCCGUGCGGUAUGGCCGCGUGCCGAAAAAGUCACGCGAGGCGGGCAGCUGCAGCGAGGAGAACAUGAGCAUCUGCGUCAACUCGACGACACCUGCCGCCGGUCCGCAGCACGGCAACGGAUCGCUCGGAACGGGUCACAGUGCGAACGGCACCAUGCCCACUACCACUACCAGCACGCUCGGCAGCGGCAACAACGCGGGCAAUAACACUAGCGCCACCAUCGGCCACAGCAACGGCCCGCCAUCAUCGAACGCCAGCAUGGCCGCGAACAGCUGUGCCGAGAUCAGCACGUCCACCGGGACGAUCCUGCCCGACUCGCUGACAUUUACGCCGCCGGAGCUGUCCGUGUACGAUAUCAUCCAGUGCAUUGCGCAGGCCCACCGGGGCCACUGUACCUACACGAGCGAGCAGGUGAAGGAGCAGAGCCGAGUGUCGCUGCUCAACUACAGCGAGAAGCACAACCCCCUGGAAUCGCUCGAGGAUCAGCGGAUCUGGCUCUGGCAGCAGUACGCGAUGCGCAUGACGCCGGCCGUCCAGAGGAUUGUGGAGUUUGCCAAGCGCGUCCCCGGAUUCGGAGAGUUUCUGCAGGACGAUCAGCUGAUUCUGAUUAAGCUAGGGUUCUUCGAGGUGUGGCUAACGCACGUGGCACGAGCCACCAACGACAGUACGAUCACGUUCGACGACGGUGUGUACAUCACCCGCCAGCAGCUAGAAGUGAUCUACGAUCCCGAGUAUGCCAACGCACUGUUUAACUUUACCAGCGGGCUAAACAGCUGCUGCCUGAGCGACACCGAGAUCGGCCUGUACUCGGCCCUCAUCCUGCUGUCCGAUCGGCCCGGCCUCGUCGAGACGAAGCUGAUCCUGAAGACGCGCGAAUGCAUCGCGGAAGCGCUGCGAGUACAAAUCACCCGAUCGCGGGCAAACAACGGCAUGGGGGCGCUGCAGAUCAUGCCCGCACUAGAGGCGCGCGUCCACGAGCUGCGCAUGCUGGGCGAAAAGCACUCCGCCCAUCUGGAGUGGUUCCGGACAAACUGGAGCACGAUCCGGCUGCCGCCCCUGUUUGCGGAAAUAUUCGACGUGCCCAAGUGUGAGGAAGACUUGCAGUAGAGGAGAAACAAUGCCGUGAAAAAGGCCCCUAUAAAUCUCGUAAGGCCACAAAGAGGCAAUACCAUGAUGAGAACCAGUGACAUCCGUUACACACAUCAGCAUAUAUAGGCAAGCGAUAUUACCAGAUGCAUAAACACACUAUUGAAACACAUAUCAUGCAUAUUGAUGUGAAUUGUUCAUCCCCACUACACUACUAUACCCCCCAUUUUUCCCGACCAGUUCGUACGACCAGAUAAGACCUGUGUUAGAUUAGAGGGCCCCGCAGCGAUGGCAGAUAAAGCAAUAAGGCGCAGAGAGCAGUAGUCGGUGCGGUCUGAUAAGCGCAAAACCAGUGCAACCGCAGACAAUGUUCGGUUUGUCGGUGUACGAUGAUGUUACAUGAAAGCAUGAUAGGAAUUUUAAGCUAAACGGGUGGUACAGGUUACAGACCGACAAAACGGGGAGAGUAGAACAGUACAGUGGCCAUUAGAUGUAGUUCUAUUCGUUUGUGUGCUCUCCCCUGACACUCCCUUGAAGUGAAUCUCCCUCUCUCACUCUCGAUGUGUGCUAUCUACCACCUGUUUCCGGUUGUUUUUACCCCAUUGACCGCGAAGCUGGCAAGAUGUACUCGAGCAAUAUCAUAGUAGCAAUAGGCAGUACAAGUUACUAGACACGUAGCACUAGCGAAUGUAGCGUAUCAUGUUUUACAAGUACAGGGCUGAGAAGGGAGGGAGAGAGAGAGAAAGAGAGAAAGUAUAGCUAAACAACAAUCAUCAUCACAACGUUCCCUUCAACCUCUGGAGAUCGCCAGAGGAGGUUGCCUGUUAUUAGUAGAACAAAUUGAGACUUUUUAACGGUUAAGUAAAACAAAAAAAAAACUGGUGCUGUAAUUUAAAAAAACCCCGAUACUAAUUUUAAGCGAGAUGUCCCGUGACUAUAUCCCUUAUACUACUAUUACUACUACUAGUACAUCUCGGUAGAUACAUUAGAGGAACAUCUUUCCCCCACUUUUCGCUGGCGGCACUCUACGGCAAUCAAUCAAUCCCUUCGAUUCGUCCAUCGCCAUCAUCGUCGAAAUGAGUUCGAUUCUACCACUGACGGGGUGACGCGAUAUGCCCUGCUUUUUCUGCGAUAUAAUAAUGGGUUGUUAACAUAUUAACGAUAUGUUAGUGAAAUCAGAGAGACAGAGUUAUUUUUUGCUCUAAAUCCUAUACAAGCGUGCGCGCGCGUUACACUAUGUGCGUGUGUGUGUGUGUGUGAAUAAUUUUAAACAGGCGUUUGCUGGACAAGAAAUGCAGUAAAAACCACACACCACGUGGCAUUCGUACUCUAUUUAUCGAUUUAUGCUACUGGGCCGUAAGGAAAAGGCUGUUUUAAACUGCACAGUGAAGUGGUAGUAGCAGUCCAGCAGAGACAAGACUCUCCCUGUGGGAUGACGACGAUAGACAAUGUGAGAGACUACCGAUUUAGCUAUAUUUGAAACUUUAAAAGUAAUGUGAAGAUAACGUAUACAUCUAUACAACGUAUACAUAUUUUGUUACGCAUAUUGUUGCCUUUUUUAUGAUUAGCGUUAGUUAAAAUGCUGUUUAGCCGAAUUUAUCAACUCCCUUCCCCCUUCAUUCCUUAUAUUAAUCUCGCAUCUCUUAAGGUAGAAAAUGGAAAUGGAAAAAGGAUUAGCGAAAGGAGUGGACACUUUAAGGCUUUCUCGUUUUUCUUCCUUUUGGAUAGAUUUCGAGACAGGAAUCGUUGUGUUUUGUUAAGUUUUUUCUCUAUUCGUGCGCAAACGUGUGUCAUUCGUGUUUUAGUUAUGCAAAUCAAAGCAAUCGUUUUGUGCAUCUUUUCAGUGCAGAAUAUUAUUUUCAAAAAAGGAACUGGAAAGUUUAGAUUAAAAAAAGACAAAACAAAACGGCCAUUCAUUGGAGGUAAGCGUGUAGGGAAAAAUGGAAAAAAGAAGGAGAAAAAAGAGAUGAAACCCAUAUGCAUAAAAGAUGCUGCUACUUAAGAAGUAAACGAUGAAUAAAGUGGA